AGUGGUGUUUGUUUAUCGGCGUACGUGUGUCGUAUCCAGGGAGCGUGUUUACCUGUUGCCCGGUGACAUUUUUCUCUAUGUCGUCAAAGGUUGGCAACACCUCCAAUAUCGCCAAAGAUUUAAUUUCAUUGACUCUUUUUUUAAGGUGGUAGGUCAGUGGCUGUCCGGGUUUCGUGUCUCUGUCGGUGUAUGCUACCUUUAAAAGUCGUUCCUGCUGCUGGGAGCCGCUGUGCUUGACACAGUUGGAUAGCUUUAUCGGUUAAGAAUUGCGUUAUAGACGCAUUCUUUCCCACAGACGACAGCAAGUUGGACUUGGUGGCAGCAGGGAAACGAGGCCACCUUAAAUGACAUGCUGACAUAAGAAGAACAUUACUCUCCACCCAUAUCCGAGAAGCGUCAGUUAAGAGGAGUCUCACCUUUCCGACUACGCUCUUAUCACCAAGUAAGACACCGGUGAUCUGACUAUACACGAAAGCAUCUCGGGACCUGACUGUUCCCAUUACUGGCCAGGACUGACGAGCCCGGGUCUGCAGCGUAACGACGCGCACGGGGCCACCAGAGAAUUUACUGAGACGUUAUUGUGGAUAUUCAAGUGUCUGGAUUUAUCUCAGAGUUUUGUCGCUGUGUGGGUUAACUUUACAUGCCAAAACUGGGGCAAGAGACGGGAACGCAGCAGACUUUUCCGCGAAGCUUUACAGUUUUCGCCACAGUUCUUGGUUAUCGGAUGGACCAGCAUCCCAGCGCCCGAAGCUGCACCAGUCGCGGGGCUUCGUCCUGCGAGGCCGUCCCGACUGAACCCUCCAUGAAUCUGUACAUCCACUCCACCACCGGCACACGCUUCGAGCUCUCCUUGCCACUGGAGGAGACCGUGGAGGGACUGAAGAGGAGACUGUCGCAAAGACUCAAAGUCCCAAAAGAGAGACUUGCUCUGCUACACAAAGAAACGCGACUAAGUUCAGGCAAACUCCAGGAUCUAGGCAUCUCGGAUGGGAGCAAGUUAACACUUGUGCCAACAGUUGAAGCAGGAUUAAUGUCUCAAGCAUCAAGACCAGAACAGUCAGUAAUGCAAGCUUUGGAGAGCCUAACAGAAACUCAGGUCAGUGACUUCCUGUCUGGUCGCUCUCCCCUCACCUUGGCGCUGCGUGUAGGUGAUCACAUGAUGUUUGUCCAGCUCCAGCUGGCAGCGCAGCAGUCCGGUGGUCCCCAACUCCAGCACAGGCACCUCAUCACCCGGGGAAAUUCGGAGGGACAGCCCCGGGUUCCCCACACUCACCCGCACUCUCAUCAACACCCCCAGCAUCCACAUAAUCACCCCAGCCCCCACUUGUCCCAUCCUCACCCUAUCCCCUCGUCCCCUUCUUCCCCAGGAUCCCCUUCUUUUCCCCUGCCCUCCACACACCUCCAGUCCCUUCCUCCCAUGUACCACCAGUCGCCCUCCUCUGCUCACUGUAGCCCCCCUACUCCUCCACCACACUCCCCUCGCCCAUCCCAUGUCCCUGGGGGUCUUUUCCGCUCGCCCGCUCAUCAUCACCACCACCCCCACCACCACCAUCAUCACCACUACCACCAGCCUUCCUCAGGCCAACCCAGCCACGAGAUCGGCCAGGUCAGCCCUGUAGCCCCAGUCCUCUGCCCUGAGGCUAACUGCAGUACCAACAGCUCCAACAGUGGCACCAGUUCCUCGCCACGCUCCCGUAAACCCGGCGCCAUCAUUGAAAGCUUUGUCAACCAUGCUCCCGGAGUCUUCUCAGGGACUUUUUCAGGCACUUUGCACCCAAACUGCCAGGACAGCAAUGGGCGUCCCAGACGGGAUAUUGGGACCAUCUUGCAAAUCCUCAAUGACCUCCUGAGCGCCACACGCCACUACCAGGGCAUGCCCCCCUCCCUCACCCAGCUCCGCUACCAGACGCAGUGUGGUUCGCCCACUUCCCCAUCCCCCUCGCCGCCUCCCUCCCCUCCAGUUGCUGGCAUGACGGGCCUCUCUGCCAAAGCUACCUCUGUGCCCGCCAGCAGCCCUCCUCCAGCUCUGCAUCCACUUGUGCAGUGCGAGAGCCAGAUUCGCAUGUGCAAACCCCCUGGUGAUCGUAUACGUCAGACAGAGAACCGCGCAACCAGGUGUAAGGUGGAACGUCUGCAGCUCUUGAUGCAGCAGAAGCGUCUGCGCAGGAAGGCCAGGCGGGACCAACGGGCUCCUUAUCAGUGGCUGCCCAACCGCAAGGCGGGACGCAGCAAUAGCAACAGCAGCAUGUCCAGCGAGGGCUCCCUGGACCUGGACUUUGACGAUUCAGUGUGGAAGCCCGAUGUAAAGGCUGACUUGAAGUCCGAGUUCGUCAUGGCCUGAACCAUCUGCUCCCACAUACGCAUUCAAAGAUGUGCAAAGCAUUGCUUGGGAUUUCCUUAGAGAUAAUUUUGAGGGAGCGGAUUUGCAGGAGAUGACAUGUAACUUCAGAGAGGAAAUCACAGUUGUCCUUGCGACAGUCAUCUGUCACAUGAAAACAGGCUCCCUGCAGACUCUAAUCUCAUUCUGCCCUUCGUGGGUGACCUUGUGGAAAAAAAAAAAUAAUACAGCAACAUUAGCAAAAGAACUUUCUUGUGAUGCUUGGAUUUGGACAGGCAACUACUGGACUUAACAGUGUGCAAGACCUUUUUUGGGGGGUUUGAUUACAGAGACCAUACCUGUACUUGAGUAUAGCAGAAUUCAGUGGGUGGUGGUGGUGGUGGUAUUUUCAGAAUUUUUGUUUUUGUUUUUUUUCUUUUUAAAUGCACUCUGGGGAGAAAUGAAGAGAUCCACACUGGACAUAACAGGACAGGAGCACCAGAGGCUUCAGUGUUUCCUAAUCAGAAGAAGGGCAGAACUGCCGGACUAUGGAUUAUUUCAGUGGGCAUUCUAAUUGAUCUCAAAACUCAUCAACAAGAGUCCAGUUUUUACCUGUUACGGGGUGGUUAAACCUUUUCUUUUUCCACUUUUAAGCAUAUUAUUAUAUUUUAUAAACAAAAAAAAAUAUGUAGCAUUGUUCACAAAGCAUUCAGGUUUUCAUAUAACAGUUCAAAGUAGUUUGCACAUAUUCUUGAUUUAUAACAGCUGGUCAAAAUGUGCGAGGAGGAGGUGGGGCCUGAAAUAGAAUAAAUAAUAAAUAUGGAAGUAUUGAUAUCAACCUCAGUGACAUAGGGUAUUGAUAGGAAUGAUUAAUGAAUACACAAAAUAAAUGAAUAUUAACAGAAAGUGCUUUAGAGGAUUUUAAAAUCUUUAAAAUGUAUAUGAAAAAAAAUCUAUUUUUAUUUCUCUUCCUAUCUGCUGUUUUCAAAAAACAGCAGCCCUUUGUGGCUUUAGUCAGAUCGUUGACUACCAACAAAUAUGUGCAUCCAUUCAAUCAUUCAUUAGCUCAUUCAUGCCUUUUUUUUUUUUUUUUUUUGUCUGGCCACAACAAAAGUUACAGAAAGAUCAUUUUUCAUGCAGCCAACCUCAUGUGUUACAAACCUGAAGAGACUGAGGGAUUUCGAGUUUGUGUACAUAAAUGUGACAAUUGGCAAAUGCUUGUUAGGGCGUGUGUGUGUGUAAGUUUGUUGUAAAUUGAUUUUUAGAAUAUCCUAUGUUUUUGUCCAGUUGUCUUCUCUCAAACGACCCCAUACGUUCUCAAAUUUGUGAAGUUCAGCUGCCGUGAGCACAUGGCCCACUACUUUGCAACAUGACUGUAUGAAAAAGCAAAUUGGCUCCCAGUUUGAUGCCCAAUUGAUGUGUACCUGUUAUCACAAGUUCUCAUAAUGAUGCCUUUUUUUUUUUUUUAAUUUCUUUUACUGGCCAAGAGGGAGGCGAAAUGGGGUCUUUAUUUGGCAUCAUUAUCUAGUGCCUCCACCAGUACAUUCAUUGACAUAUCAGGUUAGGCCUUUCACAGUUUUGCUGCUACACAUGGGGACUUAAAAUGUGGGG